UUGACAUUGAAAGACAUUUGAAGAAUUUUUGUUUUAACUAGCCGCUACUAAUAACUGAAGAAGGAAAAGAUAAAAAUGGGAACCACACAAACUGUGCGAUGAAAAUGACGGACUAUGUUACUCUGAAAAGAAAGUGUCGUCAGAAAAAUAAACUUUUCGAAGACCAAGAGUUCCCAGCGAACGACUCUUCGCUUCUCCUUCCUAGAACGUCUGCCGUCAGCUUCACGUGGAAACGACCGCAGGAAAUUGUGCCAGAUCCUCAUUUCAUGGUACAGGGGCCAGAAAACGCGAACCUUAAGCAGGGUCUUCUAGGUAACUGUUGGUUUAUUGCUGCCGUAACGUCCCUGGCGGCCACCAGCAAGUUUCUUCUGGAAACCGUGGUUCCCUCGGACCAGAACUUUGUCGACGAUUAUGCAGGGAUAUUCCGCUUCAACUUCUGGCAGUACGGCUCGUGGCGAGAGGUAGUCGUGGACGACCGACUGCCCACGGUUAAUGGCAGCCUGACUUUCACGACCAGCACGACCAAGAACGAGUUCUGGGGCGCGUUGCUGGAAAAGGCUUAUGCCAAGCUGUACGGCAACUAUGGAGCUAUCGAUGGAGGAAGAAUAAACGACGCCAUGCUGGACUUCACGGGGGGCAUAACUGAGAUUAUAGACCUGAAGGAAUCUUUCAACGAAGAGAAGCUCUCCAACAUCCUUGAGGUGUUCUGGAGCAUGGAGACCAUCAUGGGAGUAACCAUCUUCGACCCUGACUCUCAAACAGAGAGGAGGUUAGAUACUGGGCUCUAUACUAACCACGCUUACAGUCUCAUCAGACAUAGAAAGGUGACCCACGAAGGUAAGACGAAAAUGCUGCUGCUUCUGCGGAAUCCAUUCGGCCACGGAGAGUGGAACGGGGCAUGGUCUGACAGCGACACCGCAUGGCAAGAAAUAACUCCAGAAGAAAGAGAUGAACAUGCUGUACAAAGGAAAGACGACGGCGAGUUCUGGAUGAGUGUAGAGGACUUCAUAAAGAACUUCGACGAACUAGAGUUAUGCCACCUGUCUCCAGACCUUCUGAUGGCAAAUAGAGAAAGCGGACUGAUAGGGAGGAAGAAGUGGACAAAGAUAUCGUUCUUCGGCAGCUGGAUCAAAGGCACGACUGCUGGCGGACCUCUUUAUAACUAUCAAUCUAAUCAGUUUUGGAUCAAUCCUCAGUUCAGCUUGACGCUGGACCACACCGGACCGUGUUCUGUGGUCGUCUCUCUGCUAGAGAUCAUCGACAAACUUCGGCCGAGCGCUGAAGAUGUGCACAUCGGCUUCGUUAUCUUCAGAUUCAAGCCUGGAGUAGCACCGCCAGACCGACUUACGCCAGAGAACUUCUCCGAGCACACACCACAGCUCGUGGACACAUCCGGAAUCUUCUGGCCAUAUAGAGAACGCGCCAUCAGUUUCGUCCUUGACCCUGGAACGUAUAUCAUUGUACCCUGCACUUACGUCCCGGUAGAGGCAGAGUUCUAUUUAAGAAUAUUUUCGGCGAAGGAAGUGGUUGUCUGUCCUGCUGAAGAGAGUCUCGGACCGAUAAGAGACUUAAUGCUUCCACAAAGUAAUUUGAUAGACAGUCUCUUCCAGAAGCAUCGAGGGCCUGAUGGCAAGGUUGAUGCCAGGGGCUUACACAAAAUUCUACAAGAGGCGAAAAGAGAAAUGACCGGCAAAUCUGACGGCUACUCUCUGGAAACUUGCCGCUGUCUUCUCUCCCUGUACGACCCGCUUGUCACGGGACUCCUUGACCUCACCAAGGUGAAGAAAGCGUGGAAAAAAAUUCAGUUAUGGGCAAUUGCUUUCCAAGAAGCAGACGUAAACCAUGACAAUAUGGUCAGUCCCACGGAGCUAAAUGACCUCUUCCGCAAAUACAAUUUCACCAUCGACUCCAUGGCGUUACAUCGUGUGGUGCGGCGUUAUGGAGAUCGUAAUGGCGACAUGGAAGAGGACGACUUCAUGCAGGCCUUCUUCCGUAUCUUUGACCUCUACCAAAUUUUCAAAAGAAAAUCAUCGAAAGGCAGGAUCUCAAUGAACCUGAAUGAGUGGAUGGCGGCAACGCUGUACUCGUGAGAUCUUGAAGUGCAUGUAUCACAAGUUGGUCGAGCGUUGCUGCCAUGGUAGUCACACAUCGCCUUUGUCAACACAAUGGAAAAGAACACUAACGGAUCACGUGUCUUCCACAUGAUGCCAUGACAACUGACUCGCAUUAAUGAGGUCAUCUCUUGCCUCGCCACCUCGAAAAAAGGCAGAAAUUCUCUCGCCUCUCAUUUUUCUCUCUGUCUCGCUCUUUGUCCUUUGACUGGUAUGAACGAAUUUCACAUUAAAACUUGGAAGAGAAAGUUAUUUCUUGGAUGUGAACGAGUGGUGUAAAAUAUUUCGUCUAAUUAUCGCACAAUAAAACCUGUUACAGAGUAUUUUUGUAUU